AUGUCCAACUCCCCUUCUCGUCGGCACCUCCCACCUGCAGGGCCUUCUUGGUCUGCGUCGACGGCAACCCGUGAAGACGACUGCACCACACUCUCUGCAACUGCAAAUAGUUUACCGGAGACUUUGUUGGCUGAAACACAUAGUGCAUCUCGCCAACAACAAGGUGCCCGAAAUAUGAGACCAGGACCUGUUUUUGAGCAACUACCAGAGGAAAUUCUACAUUAUAUACACUCCCUCUUGACAGUGCAAGACGCAGCUCGUGCUGCAUGCGUGUCUCGUGGACUUCUACAUGCCUGGAGAUGCUAUUCCCACCUUAAACUCAACGAACAUACGCUUGGAUUGGCUGAUAAGACAGUUGAAGAACAAAAAACCUAUAUCAUAAAAAAAGUUGACCAAAUUCUUGAAAACCAUCACAACAAUAGGGUUAAGGUGGAGACACUUAAACUUAGACUUGUACAUGGCUCUUAUGGCCACAUCAAAGCCUCCAGCCUCAACAGGUGGCUCCAAAUCACCGUCAAGUCUGGGAUAAAAAAACUUGACUUGUCAAUACCUUUACAAAUCAAGAAAGAAUACAACUUCCCGUGUGCCGUCUUGUCUGAUGAGGCAGCUGCAAGUUCAAUCAAGUCUCUCCACCUCCACGGCUGUGCUUUUACUCCCACGUCGUCACUUGGUAUCUUGAGAAGAUUGACAUGUUUACAUUUGUUUUCUGUCCGGGUUACAGAGGAAGGGUUACGGUUCUUGCUCUCAAAAUCUCCUGUCCUAGAGAAGUUGGACAUGUACUUUUGUAGGGGGAUAGUAUGCUUGCGAAUAGCUUUCACGUUGCAGCAACUCAAAUACCUUAGUUUGAUACAUUGCACAGGGCUACAGUCAGUACAGAUCGAUGCCCCAAAACUUUGCUCCUUUCGCUCUGAUGAGAUUGGGAUCCUGAAAGAAAUUUGUUUGAGAAAUUCUUCUCAACUUAAGAAUGUAGAUUUGUCGAGCAUUUUUUUCUCUGAUGCUCGUGCCAGACUUCCAUCCAUCAUACCUAAUGUUGAGAGUCUUAUCCUGCAAUCACGACAGAUUGUCAACAUCUCAUUUCCAAUGCAGCCCUCCAAGUUCCCCUACCUCAAGAACCUGGAAAUCGAACUCCAUCCAGCAACAAUGCCCUUCCCUCCAAGCCAUGACAUAUUUUCUUUGGUUUCUUUUCUUGAUGCUUCUCCGGUCCUGGAUUCUUUCAUCCUACCGGUAGAGCAGGAUGCAACUACACCCGAUCUCAUUUCUGGAGAGGAUGAUGUGUAUACUAAACGAAAGCUAGAGUACCGACACGACCAUCUCAGGAAGGUGCUGAUCACAUGGUUCUGUCCAUCCCGGAGCCUGGUCGAGCUCACGAUCCACAUCCUUGAGAGUACAGCUUCCCUCGAGCGUCUGACGUUGGACUUGACCUACGGCUAUGAUAGGAGGUGGGGUACUGUUGGCAGAUGCCCCGCCUCAACAAAGAAUGGCCUAUGUUUGUCAAUGAGCAAGAAAGAUCUUGCGGGAGCUCGUAGAGGAGUGGAGAUUGCGGGUCAGUACAUCGUGGGGAGAGUUCCCACCAAUGUUCAGUUCGAGGUCCUAGGGCCUUGUACCCAAUGUCAUAGUGUCGAGCGGUAGGUAUAUACGGUUACCAAUGUGGCUGGUUCGGAUUAUAGAAAAUUUCAUGUGUUUCUUGUCGGUAUCA